AUGGAGCGAGCAGAUUGAGGCCGCCACUGCAGCGCCGCCAGCAUGAACUUGGCCGCGAGCUGAAGCGGCCGGCGGCGGGCGGGCGCGGGGGCACCGGCCGCUAGCCAGGGGGUGAUCUGCAACCGGGCUGGGCCAUUCGGCGGGCGCCUGGGGCCAGGCUGCCCUCGCCGGCGGCCGCCCGCCCCUCGGGCACUGCCCUGGCCGCCGCCGGAGCUCCGCAACACGCCCUGUGUCUAGGUCGUUUGGGAAGCGCCUUGGAGAAUCAAGAAUAAAAUUGCAGGUCAAACAAUGGAUGACUGGAAAAGUCGGCUUGUAAUCAAGAGCAUGCUUCCCCAUUUCGCCAUGGUGGGAAAUCGUCAGGAGCCCAGAAAGCUCCAGGAAUCGCCACAGGGAACCCUUAAGAGGAGGCAGGAAGGAGACAACUACCAAUUUGCAGGCAUGGCUGAUGGGGGUUACCCUAAUAAAGUUAAGAGGCCCUGCCUUGAAGAUGUCACCCUUUCUAUGGGCCCAGGUACCCAUCCCAGUACCCUCUGUACAGAGAUGCAGGUUCCCAUGUUACCAGUGAAUCCUAGCUCUGCAGUGAUGGGAGUACCUAAUCAGUCAUUACUACUUGAGAAUAAUGCCAUAAAUGGCAGUGUCACAGGCCCACCAUUUGGGGUGCCACCAACCCCAGAAAUGGAGCUGAAAGAACCCUCUGCUCCUUGCUAUGAGAAAAACAGCCCACCUGCUGAAGACCAGGAACUUCAAGAUCUGCUGGAAGAGUUAACCAAAAUUCAGGAACCUUCUUCAUCUGAAUUAGAUCUUGAGAAUAUACUGGGGAGCAAGCCAGAAGAGCCAUUGGUCUUACAUCCUCCCCAGGCAACCGUAGGCAUGCCCCCCCAGGCAACCGUAGGCAUGCCUCCCCAGGCAACCGUAGGCAUGCCUCCCCAGGCAACCGUAGGCAUGCCUCCCAAGCUUCCAGUUCAGAUGCCACAAAUGGAGAGCGUUUGUUCCAGCAAGGCUUUUGCUUCGAGUUGCAGCCAAGUCACUGGCGUGUCAGUUCCAAUCAUGCCCUCCUCCACUGGGAUCAGCCAUUCUGUUCCUUCCACCAGUAAGCAGAUGGUCUCAGUCAGUCCUUCAACAACACAGGCCAAGAACCAGGCCCAGGCCAUGCUCCCUGUCACUUUGCCCCCAUUACCAGUGCCGCAGUGGCAUCAUGCCAACCAGCUGAAAGCAUUGGCAGCCAGCAAGCAGGGAUCUGCUACAAAGCACCCAAGGCCCUGCAUCGCCUGGUCUGGCCUGCCUCCUACAGGCAUCUCCCCACCUUACCGUCCGGUGCCAUCACCACACCCACCACCACCACCACCACCACCACCACCACCACCCUUUGGCUCUCAGAGCUUCAUGGGACCCUGCAUAUCAUCCAACAGUUCCUCAGGCAGCACUGUGCAAGCCUCGCCCAAUGCCUUACUCUCCAGCAUGGCGUCUGGCAGCAGUGCCACUAUGGGGCCCACCUUGCACUAUGUUCCUGAGAAGCAUCCCAGCGUGGCUGUCAAUCAACAACCACAGUUUGGCCAACAGAGCUCCAUUCUUGCAAACCUGGUAUCCUCUGCAAUCAAAAGUCCUCAAGGACACCUGAUGUCUGCUCUGCCCACCAGCAAUCCAGGGCCAUCCCCACCCUAUCGCCCAGAGAAACUCUCCAGCCCAGGCUUGCCACAGCAGUCCUUCACUCCACAGUACUCUCUGAUCAGGAGCCUCCCUCCCACCAGUACUCAGCUAAGUCAGCAGCAGCAGCAGCAGCAACAGCAACAGCAGCAGCAGCAGCAGCAGCAACAGCAGCAACAGCAGCAAGCAAAUGCCAUCUUCAAGUCCAUAACCAGCAAUUCAUCCAAAACCAUGACCAUGAUCAUGCAACAGGGGCUGACCAAUUCCAGCCCAGAAGCCCCUGAACCAUUUACCUUUGGCAACACCAAGCCAUUGUCCCACUUUGUUUCUGAGCCAGGCCCCCAGAAGAUACCCUCCAUGCCUGCCCCCUCCAGGCAGCAAUCCCUGCUUCACUACUUGCAGCAGCCCACACCAGCGCAGGCCUCCUCAGCCACUGCCUCCUCCACUGCCACUGCCACCUUACAGCUGCAGCCACCACAACCACUGCUGCCACCACCACAGCCACUGCCGCCACCACCACAGCCAUUGCCGCCACCACCACCACCACCACAGCCUGACCAUUCUGCAUUCCUACUGCAGCAGAUGAUGCAGCAAUCCCAGCGCUUUCAGCGAUCAGUGGCCUCAGAUUCCAUGUCUGCUCUUCCCAGACAGACCCAUGUAGACAAAGCCUGCAAGCUUGGGGAAGCCAGGCCCCCUCAGGUCAGCCUCGGGCGUCAGCCCCCAUCCUGCCAGGCCCUGGGGAGUGAGUCCUUCCUGCCCGGCAGCUCCUUUGCUCAUGAGCUGGCCAGAGUCACCUCCUCGUACAGCACCUCAGAGGCAGCGCCCUGGGGCGGCUGGGAUCCGAAGGACUGGAGGCAGGUGCCUGCUCCACUACUGCCUAGCUGCGAUGCCGCAGCAAGAGAAACAGAGAUCAGGUCUUAUGGCAAUAACCCCUAAACAGAGGAGCGUGUACAUGGGCCAGCAGAUGAGCCAUUUUCAAGCCGUCCAAGAACAAGUCACCUCCAAGUGUAGCCACACCAAGGCAAGCCCCCUGUCCAGCCAGCAUAUGAUGUCAUCCACACCUGGG